CAAAAGCGGAGGCAUCGGAAGACAUUCUCUAGACCUAAUCGCGGCGUUCCACGAGAGCAUCUUCUUCCGUCGGCUCGUGCCGAUCGCCAAUAGCAAACCGAGCCGCGCAGAACCUGAACGCUCUUUGUGUGCGUGUAUACGUGUUGUUUAAUUUUAUUUAAUAAGAGAACCAUAAAUUAUUGUUUUAUACCGUAUUUUUUCAUAAAGAAAACAAAACGCGAUUGUUUAUAUUUUAUUUAAUUUUUUUUUCCUACUGGGCCUUUUUAUUUGUUACGAUUUUUAAAAAUUGGGGAGGGGGCUUUCGUUGAUGAGGCAGAUUGAAUCUCAUCGAAAAAGCUCGUGGUCCUUAAAAGCAAAAAGGAAGACGAAGAAGCAUUAGCAGCUCCGGAACAUCCCCGAUUGUAAGCUUCGUUGAUUAAGACAAGGCAAGUCCACCAGCCAAGGACAAAAGAUCAAAAGGGACCCAGGCUGCUGCUGCAAACCCAAAUAAUUAAUUUGCCUGCUGGUACCGAAGAAGGCGGCCUGGAUCCCAUCAUGACCAAAGCUGAAAUGGGCAAGCUCAACAUGACCCCCGAUGAAGACAGCAGUAGCUACAGCUCCAACAGCAAUGACUUCAGCUACUCCUACCCAACCAAACCAGCUGCUAUGAAGAGCUCUUAUGCAGACAUGGAUCCAGAAAACCAAAACUUUUUACUUGAAUCCAAUCCUGGAAAGAAGAAAUAUGAAACUGAAUAUCAUCCAGGUACUACUUCCUUUGGAAUGUCAGUAUUUAAUCUGAGCAAUGCUAUUGUAGGCAGUGGCAUCCUUGGACUUUCUUAUGCCAUGGCAAACACUGGAAUUGCCCUCUUUGUAAUUCUUCUAGUCUUUGUGUCGAUAUUUUCUUUAUAUUCCGUUCACCUCCUUUUGAAGACUGCUAAUGAAGGAGGGUCUCUGUUAUAUGAACAACUGGGAAUGAAGGCAUUUGGCAUGGCAGGGAAACUUGCAGCAUCCGUAUCAAUUACAAUGCAGAACAUUGGAGCUAUGUCAAGCUACCUCUACAUAGUGAAAUAUGAGUUACCGUUGGUCAUCAAGUCAUUUAUGAACAUUGAAGAGAACACUGGAGAAUGGUAUAUCAAUGGUGAUUAUCUGGUUAUAUUGGUAUCCCUGGUGCUCAUUCUUCCUUUGUCGCUGUUGAAAAAUUUAGGUUAUCUGGGAUACACCAGUGGAUUUUCCUUAUUGUGCAUGGUCUUCUUCCUUAUAGUUGUCAUUUGCAAGAAAUUUCAGCUUCCUUGUGGACUAGAACAUGAUUUGGCUAAUGCAACUCUGAACGCUACCCUAGAACAUCUGUCAACUGUUGCACCUCUUAAUGGAACAGAAGUCAAUAUAACUAGUGAUGACAUGUGCACACCGAAAUAUUUCAUCUUCAAUUCACAGACUGUCUACGCUGUACCGAUCCUAACAUUUUCCUUUGUCUGUCAUCCUGCUAUUCUUCCUAUUUAUGAAGAAUUAAAAGGCCGAAGCCGCAGAAGAAUGAUGAAGGUAUCCAAUGUUUCAUUUUUUGCCAUGUUCCUCAUGUAUCUUCUGGCUGCUCUCUUCGGCUACCUGACAUUUUAUGGAAAUGUUGAACCAGAGUUGCUUCACACAUAUUCUGAAGUCCUGGGAGCGGACGUGCUCCUCCUUAUUGUGCGCCUGGCGGUCCUGAUGGCAGUAACGCUUACUGUGCCAGUUGUGAUUUUUCCAAUCCGCACUUCCAUCACACAAUUGUUGUGUGCAAGCAAAGAAUUUAGUUGGUUGCGCCAUUGUGCUAUUACCUUCGCUCUGUUGGUAUUCACCAACAUCCUCGUGAUCUUUGUUCCUACAAUUCGAGAUAUAUUUGGAUUCAUUGGUGCCUCUGCUGCAGCCAUGCUGAUCUUUAUACUGCCAUCUGCUUUCUACAUUAAGCUAGUGAAGAAAGAAUCCAUGAAAUCUGUUCAGAAGAUUGGGGCUCUUCUUUUCCUGCUCAGUGGCAUAUUUGUGAUGACUGGAAGUAUGACUUUGAUCAUUCUGGAUUGGACCAGCAACGCUGCUUCUGAUGGUCAUUAACUAUCUGCUUUGGACCCCAGUGUUUGUUCAACCAUCUACUGACAGAAAGAACUUCUUACCCAUGUUUGCAGUUCUGCUUCCUUUGAAAUGCAGAUUCUUUGAUGCUGGUUCUUCUGAUUGUAGAAUAGGUGGACUUUUUUUUUAAAAAAAGAAACUAUUCUGCACGAUGGUAAUGGAUACUAACAUCAAACCACCUGAAUCUUUGGCUGAGGGAAGUGACUAUUUAUUCCAUUCCAGAGAAUGGACAGCUCUCUCUGUAAAAUUUUAUCAAGCCUUGUUUGGCUUUUGUCAUUGUUACUUGGAUAUUUUUUAUUAUUUACUUGAAUGUGCCUAAUGGAAACAAUUGAUGGGAGAAAUAAGUUAGUUUACAGUAGGGGGCUAAGCUAACUAUUGAAAGUGAGAAAAAACACUAUUAUUUUUGUACCAAAAAUUUUAUGGACCUCAAAAGCACUAUUUUGACUUUAAGAAAAUGUUUUGUAAGUUGAUCCAAAUAAGGGUAGGAGGAAAUUAGUAAACUGUUUAAUCAGUGUUCUAAAUUCACGUGGUUUGCCUGUCUAUAGAGGCAUAUCCUUAAAAAUUAUAUUUUUUGGCCAAAAGAAAAUAUUUUUGGAAACCUAUUAUGCUAAACAUUGAUUAAUUGGAAAGACUAGAACUGUAACUGAGUUCUGUAUGUAACUCAGUUAUGCUAAAACAAAGUAAAACCGAACAAAUAUUUGUGAAGAAGAGCCCAGGGUAAUGUGUCUAAUCCAACCAACAUAAAUCACCACACCCUACGUCAAUUAGCUAUUUGAUCAAAUAGUCAUGUUUUUAAAAAAGAUUUCAUCCCAUCUAACUGGAUGUUAAAACAAUUUGUAUGUAGUAAACCUUGCAUCCAAUUCAAUUAGUGCUAUACCCAAGCAAGCCCCUUGACAUUAAAGAGGGAUGUAUAGAAGUUGCAUUUAGCAAAUUACUGAUCUAUUCAUGAUAAUGCAAUCUUAGCAUUUUUCUUCUUGAGGUACUCAAUAGUGCAAUUCCAUUUUUUUUAAAAAGGCAUUUUUUUCUCUCUGCCCUCCCCCUCCCCCGUUUCGUUCACUUGCUGUUUACCUACCAAAUCCCAUUGGGUCAUUGACUGUUAACAUGGAGUUCCCUUACUAGCAGCACAUGAUCCUAGUGACCAUUAAUGUUACACAUGUUGGCUUUAUUUAUUUAUUUUGAAACCAGUAAAAGUGAGGUCCUGUUACAGUUUACUAGCAGUACGGUAUUCGCAAACUGUACAAUAUUUUUCAGUGUCAGGUUUUCAUCCAUUGUUGGAGUUUUAAAUUAUUUCAUGUUCUGUUCUUCUUUGUACAAGAGAGAUUCGUAAUGACAUAACAAAGCACCAGUUUUUGAUGUAUAUGGCAAAAAUUCUCUUCAUGAGGCAACUGGGAUUCCUAAUACAACUGAUAUUCUGUGGUAGUCUUUUUUUUUCCCCAAAGCAAAACCUAGAUUGACUACAUUUGUCAUCUCGUGUAUUUGUUUCUGAUAUAGAUGUGUGCUGUUUGAGCCUUGAAUUUGCUUUAACGGGGUGGGGGACAGGUUCUGCACAGUGGUUUUUAAGAGCGUGAUCCUUUCCUGUAUGCAAAAGGAUCGCCAUGGGGCAUAAGGGAGUCCUGUUUCCUCCAGCCUUUCUCCUUUCAGUGUGUGCAGCUGGCAUACAAGGCGUUACAAGGAAUGGUAGAUUUGUGUGCACCUCCCAGUCAGGGAACACAAAAAGGGCUGAGUGGGGAUAAAGGAAUGUUAUACGAACUUCCCAUUCCUUGGAUUGCCCUGCAAGGGCAUCCCAGAGUUAUCCCCACAAUAAAUCUGUGUAAGGCUGCUGCACCUGCCUGGGAUGGACCGUUCCCCUGUUUUGUUACUCUGCAUGCUCACUGCAUUAUUUCAAUCCCAGGCUGAAGAGAUAUGGUACUUGCAUCAGCGCACCUUCAGCAUUGCUUCCAAUGCUGCUGGAAAGGACAUUCUAUGAGAAUCUGAACAGACAGAGUUUUAACAGUGUAAUACUCUGUGGACCGCUUUCAACAAUGUCCACCUGGCAUAAUAAUUUAGAAAACCAAUGUAUCUAAUUUCAAGAAGUAACAGUUCAGUUGGAGGGAUCAAAUGAUGGCAUGUAAUUAGCUAACUAAACAAGCAUUUUUAUUUCAUUUUUUUAAAAAAGUCUAAGCCCAUUUUUAAUAUUUGGCAGAUGUCUGCCAUUGUGUCUAGGUUUUUUAACUGAUAAUGCAAAUGUUUUUGUUUGUAUACCGCAUGGCAAUUGCUAGCUACUAUGGCUAUAAUCCCAAUUCCAUUGAGGUCAGUAUCAAUAGAAACCUGCCUUACUGAAAAGUGACUGUAAUCUUUUGCUUACUAGUUGUGAAUGGCUUGACUUUUUGAAUCAAAGCCAUAGUCCUGGACAGGGCAAUAUGAACUGUACUUGAAAAACAGUCCUAAUAAUCUCAUUCUCAGAGAAUCCAGGUAACCCAACCGCCAUACCUAUACUUAAGAACUCAAACUUUGUUUGGCUCUGAACUCCCAAAAGAACAUCUUAGAAUUUCAAAGAUCACAUUUUUCUAAGCAAUUGGUUGAUAUAAUGAAAGAUUUUUAUUUGUUUUUGUCUCAGAACUACCACUGGCUUCAAUGGAUUAGGAUUGCAUUAUACAUCUGUAGUAGAUAGAUUUAACAUAAUUAAAAUUACAUUGUUACAUAGUGUACUAGUCUAGUGGUACUCAGUUUAACACCUUAGAUACUCUUGAAAGUAUGUAGAACAAGUCUCAGUUAAAGCGGCAGCUGUUCCUCUUUACCCAUUAAUGUUGUUCCUUGUAAACAAAUACUAGUAUUGCCCAGUAUCUUUAAGCCAACGGUAUGAGAUAGGUAAUAACGGCAAAACAUUUUCCAUCACUGGAAAGAGUUUGUAACCUAAAAGGAUUGCUUCUUUGGUUCAUCUCAACAACUGGAAGAGUGACAAGUGAAAAAAAAGUGACAGCACUUGUACCUCAAGAAGUGACACUGAGUCAUAGCUGUGCAAGUGAUAUCUGGACAGUACACUGUGAAUCACACAGCUUUCUGUCAUUUGGUGACUACAAAGUUCUCCAGCUGCUUCUGCUGAGUACCACUAGGCCAUCAUCCCCCAACCUGGGGCCCUGCAGAUGUGUUGGACUGCAAUUCCCAGCAAGCAUGACCAGGAUAAGCAAGGUUGGGAGUUGUGGCCCAUCUCAUCCGGAGGGCAUGAGGUUGGGAAAGGCUGCAGCUCUCUCUUGAGAUCUCUCAAUAUCACCUGAGCUAGUAGUGUCAGUAUUAAUUAUACCACUGUUUGUCACCUCAUUUUAAAAUUGCUGUCUUCCAUGUUUCAUUCAUAAAAUAUAACAUGUUAUUUAUAGAACAGUAACCUGUUGAAGUUAAAAGCCUAUUUUUCAGUAUUUAUGGAUAGCCUCUGUAUGUAAAUUAUGUGUGUAUAUAUUGUAAGUAUUUUGUAUAUAAUGUAGGUUUGGGAUUUUGUGUUUCUGUAUAUAUGCUUUCAUCAUAUGGUUGAUGGCUAAUGCAUUAUGUCCAUGAUUCAUUCACCUUGUAUACCCAGGAAAGAUCUGUCAGAUGGAAAUUUCUUGAGAAAUAAUGUUUGCUCAAACUGAAAUUCUGUGUACUCAAGUUUCAUCAAGUCACACUAACGUUAAAAACUAUGGUUGGCAUUUACUACUCUAGGUGAGCCCAAGGUCAUGUGCUAGUCAACAUCUUCUUUUAUAAAUCCUACACCCGCAGACUGUAUCGUAAACUGAUCACGAAACUCCUGUCAGUUUCAAAAGCAGUUGGUAUGUGUGGUGGAAAAGCAUAGAGGCUGUUUGAGGAAAAAUAAGUUUAAAGCUUUUCUGCGGGCUCAUAGAAGUCAGUUCAUGAUUCUUUAGAUCUUGGCCCGUGAGGGCUGUAUUGAGUGCAAAAGUCCAUGCAUGCAAGGGCUUUGCUGUGUGAACACAGUUUUUGAAUAUGAGGGCAUGGGAAGCUCCUGUGUGCAUGAAGCUUUUGACUGGGCCCCUCCAUUGCAAUAAACAUCAGUACCUUUUCAGUCCCCAAAGUUCAGGUUUUCAGAGUACAAUUUGCCAUUGAUGUUUUCAGUGACUGAUUUUAAAAUCAAUAUAUCAAGCCUUCGUGUACAGGUAUGAUACUAUUUGUAUAUAUUGUAUAUGUAUAUAUAGAGAUACACACUGUAUUGUUAGAUCAACAGUUGGACUACAAUUGUUGAAAAAAGAGUGCUACACAGUUUCAAUGAAACAUUGUAUGUUUUAACUAACUAAAUAAAGUUAUAAUCUUAA